CUCACCAACGACCCUCUGCACCCCCCCUAAACUCUCUACAUCCAUAUAGCACCGCCGGCAUGUCUUUCAAUCCGCGCAUGAGCGCCGCGCCGCGUGCUGCCUCCUCAAACCCGCGCGGUCGCCAGCAGGACGAGAGUGACGCCUUCAUGACGCUACCCGACUCCGAAAUAGCUGGCUGCAUCACCGACAUUGGCAUCCACAUGACCGUCGCAGAUCUUCAGAAGCCGAAUCCCCAGCAGAUCCAGAAGAUAUUUGAAUGGCUGGCCGAGAUCCUGUUGAACACGUCGCGUGAAUCUGUUGCGCCGGCGAUGAAGGCUGCUUCGGAAGACAUCUGUGGGCCGGAUGCAGAUCGUAUUUUUACGAAUGAUACGAGGGAUCUUAUGGGCUUCUUUGUGGUCAUGAGGAGACUACUUCGGGAGUGCGGCAUCCAUGACUUCACCUUCCAAGAUCUCUACAAGCCCACCCACCAGCGUCUUGUUAAAAUAUUCUCCUACAUGAUUAACUUCAUCCGCUUCCGCGAAUCACAAACGUCCGCCAUCGACGAGCACUUCAACAAAGCCGAACGCACGAAACUACGAAUCGAACAACUCUACCACGAUAACCAGGCCAAGGAGAUGCAGCUCGCCGGGCUCGAGCGCAAUCGUCUCGCAACUCAGCGACUCAUGCAGGAGAAAGAGAAGCGCAACAAUGAGUUGAAGAACCGAUUGCUGGAGCUGAAGAAGGGCCAAGAGGCUGUGGCAGAGAAGUUAGAGCGCGCGAGGGAAGAGCAAAAUAGACUAAAGGCGCUAUUGCAGCAGAAAGUGGAACAGAAGGAGAUUGUGCAAAGAGAUGUCACGAAGUUGAAGCCGUACACGCAACAGUCUCCUACCGCACUCGAAGAGUCUCUGCGUGAUUUGAACGACAGGCUUAUGGGGGACAAGAUGCAAAUCGACUCUUUAGAUCGCCGGGCCCGAGCCCUGCAGACUUCAACAGACUCCUUCACAGUUGUGGCGGCUGAUGUCACAGCCUGCACCCGUCUCCUUACAGAUGUCCAAGCCGAUCUAUCGAAAGAAGAGGAGGAAUUGGCAAAAGCAAUAAGACACAAAGAUGCGCUUUCAGAACGCAGCAACAACGUCCGUGAUGUCGAACGCCAGGAACGACUGCUCCAGAAACAGCUUGGCAAUGUGAAUGCCCGGACUGAAAAACUCCGCAACAAAGCCGACGAAGAGGCAGAUCGGGCAAAGAGGCGCAUGGAAGAGCUGCGCGAGACUCAUGCUAAGUUGGCAGAGGAGAGGGCUGAGAAAGGCCGAGAGAUGGAGAGACGGCGUGUUAGAAUUGAGCAAACGGAAAAGAAGAUGGCUGAGCUCAAGGAUAAUAUCGAAAACGAAGUCCAUGCUGCGCAUGAUGAGUAUAUCAAGAUGGAGAGUCAUAUUAAGCUGUAUAUUACAGAGAUGGAACAGAGUAUUUAGACUUGGGAAUCGGGCUCGGGUUGGGAUUUGUUUCCGAGAUUGAUACCCAGACUUUGGUGUAGCAUGAUUGUGAGUGUGGUAAAUGGC